CUGUUCCUUUCCCUUUCGCAGAAUGAGGUGGCUGCUCUGGAUGCCGCUGGUGUGCUCCCUGGCAACGGAGCAACUGCAGAGAGACCACACCCUGGACCACCAGUGGGAAGUCUGGAAGAAAACCCAUGACAAACAAUACCAAGACAAGAAUGAAGAACAAGCAAGACGUCUCAUCUGGGAAAAAAAUCUGAGGUUUGUGAAGCGUCACAAUCUGGAAUAUUCUCUGGGGAUGCAUACAUUUACAGUGGCCAUGAACCAUCUGGGAGACAAGACCAGUGAAGAAGUCCUGUGUUCCCUGCGGCUGCCCAGACAGUGGCAGAGAAACAGCACGUUCAAGGCAAACCCUAAGCAGAAACUGCCCGCUUCCCUGGACUGGCGAGAGAGGGGCUGUGUCACCGAAGUGAAGUACCAGGGUUCCUGCGGUGCCUGCUGGGCUUUCAGCGCUGUGGGGGCCCUGGAAGGGCAGCUGAAGCUGAAAACGGGGAAGCUGGUGUCUCUUAGCGCUCAGAACCUGGUGGAUUGCUCAACCAAGGAAAAGUACCAGAACAAAGGCUGCGAGGGCGGCUUCAUGACAGAGGCUUUCCAGUACAUCAUAGAUAAUGGCGGUAUCGCAUCGGAGGCGGCCUAUCCCUAUAAAGCCGUGGAUGAGAAGUGUCACUAUGACGCAAAAGACCGUGCUGCCACCUGUUCAAGGUAUAUCGAGCUCCCCUCCGGCAGCGAGGACGCCCUGAAAGAAGCCGUGGCCACGAAAGGACCUGUGUCGGUGGCCAUCGAUGCCAGCCAUCCGUCCUUCUUCCUCUACAAAAGUGGUGUCUACAACGACUCCGCCUGCACUCAGGUCGUGAAUCACGGGGUCCUGGUGGUCGGCUACGGGAGCCUUGAUGGGAAGGACUACUGGCUUGUGAAAAACAGCUGGGGCCUUCACUUUGGUGAGGAAGGGUACAUUCGGAUGUCGAGAAAUAAUAACAACCACUGUGGGAUUGCUAGCUACUGCUCUUACCCAGAAAUCUGAAGACUCUCUUCUUUUUCUGACAAGUCACAAAGGUGGAAUACACUCUUAAUUUUGCCUCCUCUAUCCAGAGGAGA